AAAGCAGUGAGGUUGUCUAUCCAGGAUUUUAAAAAAAUGGCCCCAAAGCCUCGUCCUUCUGUGUGGUUCAGAAUACACAAUGGCUGUGUGUCAGAAACACACUCCUUGCUUCCAGGAAUGUCUGGUGUCUGGGGAGAUUACAAGACCCAGGAAAAGGCUGCAGCUGUACCAGUUAGUGGGCCCAGGCCAAUGCCAACUGAGAAUCUAUAGGAGCCAGGGGAGGAGGGCAUGGAGGGCGGGGGCCAGGGCAGGCUUCCCGUGGGAGGGGCAGUGCCAGUAGGCUUUAAGUAGGCAGUGAGGGCAGGGCAGUGGGCACAGAGGAAGACGGCCUUCGAGAGCAGGUGGGAGGGGCAGGGACUUGAACUGUGGAUGCCCAGGCCCUUCCUUCACCAGGAUCUGAUGGGCAGGGUGGCUGCAGCUCCUUCCUGGGCUUGGGGGCGCCCCUCGAGAAGUGAGGCAGUGAUGGCGGACUGCUACACAGAGCUGGAGAAGGCGGUUGUAGUUCUGGUGGAAAACUUCUACAAAUAUGUGUCUAAGCCCAGCCCGGCCAAGAACAAGAUCAGCAAGGACAGCUUCCAAAAGAUGCUUCAGCAGGAGCUCAACCACAUGCUGACGAACACGGGGAACCGAAAGGCUGCUGACAAGGUCAUCCAGGACCUGGACGCCAACCAGGAUGGAUGCGUCAGCUUUGACGAGUACUGGACCUUGAUAGGAGGCAUCGCCAGCCCCAUCGCCAACCUCAUGUGCGAGCAGAAGCAGCAGAGCAGCAGCUAAAGACCCCCCACCGUCCCCUCAUGGCACUGCCCCCAUGCCCAGCCCCUCGUGCUCUUCCCAGCCUCCUGCCCACCCAGGCCCUGCCCUCACUUCUCCCUCCAGACCUUCUGUUGAUCAUUGCUGAACAGGGGGAGGGGGGAUGUCAGGGCCUCUUUGUGAGCAUAUCCCAGUCUGGGGGUGCCUACCUCAGGGUCUCAGUACCUGGAGCCAGCAGACGCUGGGCAUCCAGGCCCCCAGUGCUGUUUGGGUAACCCGAGUUUCCUCAGUCCAUCUACCCUGCCAACAUCUGAUGUUCCUGCCUAAUUCUGGGUCUCUCUUGACCUCUGGAGGUCAGCUCGCUGCUCCAGGUCUUCCUGCUCCUGGCAUAAGCACCAGAGACAUCUCCCCUUCCCCUCAGCCCCUGGGCUGGGGAAAGACUUUCAGGGACUGCCCUCCAGCUAGCUGCCUCUGGGUCUGGGAAGAGAUCAGCAGGGUUGAGCCUUCUCCCUCCUCCUCAGCCCCUGAAGCAUGGCAAUAAAGGCUGGAUUUGAC